AAUUUACAAUUUCGUAGACCCCAAAAAUGGCAUGGGCAUUAACAAAUGAAAGAAAAGUAAUUUAAGCUUGCUACACAAAAAUUAAUUUAAAAAUAAUUGAGUAUACGAAUGUAAAUAAAUAGCUAGGUAUUUAGAACAAAAUGAAGCAAAACCAAAAGUUUUAUUGACUUUACGUAACAAAAUGUAAUAAAUAUACAGAUGAAAAAUCAACUUAAACUAUUACUAAGCUAUUAUAAUUUGUUAAAAAAGUUUUGAAAUAAGUUACUUAGACCCAGUCAACCAUAAUACACCUUCAAUUGGGGAUUUUGUACCUGUCUAGUGUCAAUGUUGCGGGUUGCGUCCUACCGAAAACUCCCGACAUAACGAAUGUGAUAAUCAUAAACACGAGGCCACGGAAGCUGUCAUGAAAGUUCGCGAUAAGCUGUGUCACCAGAAUAUCAUGUUGCCCACAAGUAAAUCGUUUUGUACAGUGUUUUACGUUUUUAAAAGUCCAUCAAAAUGAAACUGGUUGAAAGAAACAUGGAUAAAGAGGGUGAGGGCCAUAUAGUCCUCAUCCCAGAAGAGCCUGAAGAUAUGUGGCAUGCUUACAACCUCAUAUCUGAAGGGGAUUCAGUAAGAAGUACCACUAUUCGCAAGGUACAAACUGAAUCUGCCACAGGCUCUUCAUCUUCCAAUAGAGUAAGAACAACCUUAACAAUAUCCGUAGAGAAUAUUGACUUUGAUACUCAGGCAUGUAUGCUAAGGCUGAAAGGGAGGAAUAUCGAAGAAAACCAGUAUGUAAAGAUGGGCGCAUACCACACUUUGGAUCUAGAAUUGAAUCGCAAAUUUUCACUGAGGAAACAGUAUUGGGAUUCCAUUUCCUUGGAACGUAUCGAUACAGCUUGUGACCCAACGAAAACUGCAGACGUUGCUGCAGUUAUAAUGCAGGAAGGUUUGGCCCAUGUCUGUUUGAUUACACCCAGUAUGACUCUCAUCAGAGCCAAAAUUGACGUUUCCAUUCCGAGGAAACGGAAAGGAUUUGUGCAACAGCACGAGAAGGGGUUAAAUAAAUUUUACGAUAAUGUUAUGCAAGCUAUUUUGAGGCACGUGAACUUUGACAUAGUUAAAUGUGUAUUGAUCGCCUCUCCAGGUUUUGUAAGGGAUCAAUUUUACGAGUACAUGUUUCAAACAGCAGUCAAAACUGAUAACAAGGUCUUACUGGACAACAAAUCGAAGUUCAUGUUAAUCCACUCGUCUUCAGGCUUCAAACACUCUCUCAAAGAGGUGCUUCAAGAUCCCGCAGUAAUGGCCAAAAUCUCCGAUACCAAAGCCGCAGGGGAGGUGAAAGCCUUGGAAACUUUUUACACUAUGCUUCAGUGUGAGCCUGCUAGAGCUUUUUAUGGCAAGAAACAUAUCGAGAAGGCUAACGAGGCACAGGCCAUCGAGACCCUGUUAAUUUCCGAUAAUUUAUUUAGGUGUCAAGAUGUGAACCUUCGUAAGGAAUAUGUAAGAAUAGUAGAGUCAGCACGGGAAUACGGUGGAGACGUUAAAAUAUUUUCCAGCUUGCACAUCUCGGGAGAGCAAUUAGAGCAACUGACUGGAGUAGCAGCAAUACUGCGUUUCCCAAUGCCGGAACUCGAAGACGAGGAAAGCGAUGAGGAUUAGACAGUAAUGUUUAUUGAUUUUUAAGUCUAUUGACUUAUAGGAAUCAUGGCAUUGUAUUAUUUACAAUUAAGUUGUAUGGGUACACACCAAUUCUAGGUUACAUUGUUAUUUUAAUAUAUUAAGUGGUAAGUGAAAUUUUAGGACAAUUGUUGUUAUACUUUUUUUGUUUUAUACCGCAGUGUAAUUUAUACGUGUAUAUUUUCAAGCUAAGCAGUGUACGCUAAAUUGUGCUAAUUUAUUUAUAUAUGAUGGAAGAUACUAAACAAGCGAUUUUAUCAAAUUUAUAUUAAUAAAGGCAAAUUAUA